UAUAAUUGUAUUAAACAUCUGUUGCAACUUUGGCUGCUGCGCGCGUUCUUUUGCAGUUUGCCGCAUUAUUAGUCAUUAUAUUUUCAUAUAAACGAAAAUGGAGCACACACGUGAAAUACUAACCUUUCAGUUUGGCACAUAUGCAAAUUAUGUGGGUGCACACUUCUGGAACCAGCAGGAGGCAAACUUUGUUUACGAUUCAAACGACAGUAAUGUGGAAGAGGAACAGCUGCCUCAGAAUGAUGUGCUGUACAGAGAAGGCCUCAAUGGUCUGAAUCAAACGACAUACACGCCACGAUUGCUCUCCGUGGAUCUCACUGGGACAUUGGGGCAUCUGCCCAUGGUGGGUGAAUUGUAUGGCAAUUAUGUCCAAUUGCUGGAUGAGCAGCCCACAGAGCAACUACAAAAGGCUAAAGAAUAUGCUGAGCAAAACAAUUUAUCCACAAUCGGUGAAGUGGAUGUGGUAAAGCAGCCAAGAGCAACCAUGUCCGAGUAUCAAAAGGAUUUGCUAAAGAAUGCGGUAAACACGCGGGAUAAAGACUACAAUUUGAAGGACAACUGCAGCAGCUGGGCGGAUUAUCUGUAUACACGUUAUCAUCCACGCACAUUUAAUGUGCUGCCGGGUUUGAUACGUCAGUCGGAUGUCCAGGUGCUGGGCACACAUGCCGCCGGAGUUGAACUCUGGCAAUCGCCGGCAUUUAAUGAGGACUUUUGUGAUCGCAUACGUCUCUAUGCCGAGGAAUGCGAUGGACUGCAGGGCUUUCAGGUGCUCUUUGACAUCGAUGAUGGCUUCAGUGGCAUGGCCAGCAAAUGUCUGGAGCAUUUGAAUGAUGAAUACAGUCGCGCCAGCUUUGUGCUGCCACUGCAUUAUCCACGCAAUGUAUCAUAUGCUCAAGCAGACACACGCACUGGCCAGAGCAUACGUGUGGUGAACAGCGUGCUCAGCUAUAGCCAUCUCAGCGAGCAGGCAAGCAUGUUUACGCCGUUGUCCACGCUGGACAGCAUCUGGCGGAAUAACACACAGCAGUCACGUCAGCUGCCUGGCUUGAAAUGGCAAUCGGAUAAUCUGUAUCAGAGCUCUGCCGUGCUGGCUGCCUUUCUGGACACUGUAACUCUUAGCUAUCGUCUACGCCGGACACCCGAGACUCUGUUACGCUUCUGUGAACGUGUGUCUCCCUCUGGACGCACAUUAACCGCAGCUGCCAUGGCUUUGCCUUUGGGCAUGCAACAGAAGCAGGAUCUCAUUGAUUAUCUGGAUCAAAAUGCCAAUAGUUCACUAUUGACACAACUCUCACCUGGUUGUGAGCCAGGCACAUCGCAUUUGGUGCAAUCGCUGGUGGCACGUGGCAUUCCCUAUGCUCGCCUCAAGCGGCCCAUGGAGCAGGCGGGACCACAGCUUCAAAUGGCCGCCUAUGGCUGUGAUAGUGUCUCCCAAAUGUUGCAAUUGUAUUAUCAGUGUGCCUAUCAUGGUAGCCUCACACAUGCCGCCUCCACACCGUUGCCAUUGAAAACGCAGCUACCAUUUCCCUAUGAGAUCUUUGAGGACACCAUUGCCAGCGAUGGCUUUAAGCUGCCCGGCGAGGGGCAACGUGAGCCGGACCAGCGUGUGGACAGUGCUCCCGUCUUGGCGGCACUUCAAAACUCUAGCAAACUUGGCAAUCAUCUGGACGCUUUGCACGCUCAAACGCAUCGCGUUCAGUUGGCCAAAUUGCAGAGUUAUUCGCUCGGAGGACUCGAAAGGGUUGAUUACGAGUCGGCACUCGAUAAGUUGUUCGAAUUCCGUGACAACUACGAGGAUUCACAUUACUUAUAGGCACCCAAACACACACACACACACACCCAUUAAAUGGAAGACUAUAAUGUAAACUUACAGAACCUACAGAACCAAGGUGUAAAUAUAGAUGUGAAAGCAGAGCUGGCUAUAGAGAUAAAUCUUAAGCAACUCUAAACUAAAAAGAAACGUUUAUCAGUUGUGAUGAAAGCAGCACGAA